AUGGUGCCUGUCCGCUCGGUGCGUGGCAGUCAGCCAACGUCUACAGGGCUAGGUCACCACUGUGUUAGCCCUAAGAAGGCUCGAAACCCAAGAAAAACUCAAACUAUUGUUCAUGUUCCAGGCGUUAGCUCUAAACGCGAGCGCCUCCUCGCCCAAAUGGCUGCCCUAAUGAAUCCUCAAGGAUUCCAAACUGAUGCCCCCGGUUCUAGUUCUGCAGCUCAUUCCGAAACCCCAAUGAGUGUUAACGAUGCUAUAAGUUACACUUACGAUGAGCAAGACUACGACGCGACCAAUGACGACCAGCAUGACCAACAAGUACCCUGUCCUCCACCUGUGGUGCGUGAGGGUACAGGCCGCCGUCUCUUAACAGACAAGAUGGCCUACAACCUCUAUAGUGCUUGGCAAACUCUUAUCCCCACUUUGGUGGAUGCGCACCUCAAGUAUUCUGCACGAACCCACAGGCAACCUCUCACUUCACCCCAUCCUGUCAUAUCUGCCUGUGCAAGCCAGGCUUGUGCACAACGGUGUUUCUCUGUUAUUUGUAUCUUUUUCGACCGUUUCAAUUCUAUCGAUGUAUUGUCCUGCAAAUGCUCUACGCUUGCGCAAGUCCUUGUUCAUCAUGGGCUUUUCCCCACUGCACCUUCCCAACCACGUAUGGCAGUUUCUGUCGAUCUCCUUGCAUUUUAUCAUGCCUUAUUUGAGCGCUCGUGUGAUGCUGUGCAUGCUCUCGCCUCUGCCCUCAAAACACAUUACGCUCGCAGAGGUUUUCAGAUGAUCAACGCAGACGGACAAGUCAUUCAAGAACCAUUCAGAUGGGGCCUUGGCCAAGCUGUUCAGUGGUUUGACAUAUUGCAGACCGAGGUCAAAUGA